AGAAAUGCCAUGUGCAUUAUUUUAGGGUCCUAUUAUUAUGUUCCCAUAAUAAUUUCUGACGCUGAACAGUAAUCAUUUCGGAGUUGGAGAAUGAGAUCCUGCGACGCUGAUGCCGAUAAUGAGCGUCAUGGAUCUAGAGUCUCCCAAGGCCGGAUCGGAGAGUCGGGGUUCCAGUAGGCUGUUAACCCCGCAUUGAGUCCCACCGUCAAGCACGGCAAGUCGAGUCUCUGUCGACGAGCAAACCUUCGUGGAGAGCCGCCAAUGGAAAAUAUGAGAAUAGGAAUUAUGGGCCCUUGAACAGAUUGUCAGAAUUGUACCAUUGAAGCUUCAGGUCAGGAAUUGUAACGUUUGGAUAAAUGCAGAGUCACUGUGGAGCUCACCACUUCUCUCAGACCCUGACAACCCCCGCCUCCAUCUCAAACCCCAGCUCCCAACACCACCCUCAUAAAUGAUAACAUGGCCGAAAUAAUAGACGACAAAAGCGCCCACUGCAUCCCCUUCAUCCUCGCCCGCCAUGCCAUCCACGCUGCCUCCUCCCCCUCCGCCCCCUUCUUCAUAGGCAUCAACGGCGUCCAAGGCGUCGGGAAAUCCACCCUCGUCUCCCUCCUCCUCUCCACCCUCCACGACGACUGCAACCUUGUGACUGAGAUAAUCAGCCUCGAUGACCUCUAUCUCACUCAUGCCGACCAAGUUGCCCUAGCAGAAGCCAAUCCCUCGAACCCGCUGAUCCAGCAUCGCGGAGAGCCCGGAACCCACGACAUCCCCCUCGCCCGCUCCCUCUUCACCAAUCUCCGCUCCCAGACCGAAACCUCCAUCCCCCGCUACGACAAAUCCGCCUUCAACGGACAAGGCGACCGCACAUCCACCCCCCUCCGUGUCAACGAACCUAGCAAGCGCAAGCUGCAAGUCAUAAUCCUCGAAGGGUGGUCCGUCGGAUUUCGCGCCCUGUCAGACUCCGAGGUCGCCGCCAAGCGCGAGGCGUCGCGUUCGAAUCCCGAUUCCACAUUAUGGAAGAACCGGCUCGAGGAUUUGUUGUUCGUGAAUGAUAAGCUCAGGGAGUAUGAUGUUAUGACGGAUAUGCUGGAUGCGUUCAUACACCUUGAUGCGAGUGAGACGGCGUUUGUGUAUGCGUGGCGGAGGGAGCAGGAGGAGGUGUUGAGGAAGGCGAGGGGGGUGGAAAAUGCGAUGACGGAUGAGCAGGUGGUGAAGUUCGUGGAUGGGUAUUACCCCGCAUAUGAGCUGUUCACAGAGGAACUGAGGAAGGGGGUGUUUAAGGGGGAUGAGGGGAAGAAGGGUAGUCAGCUGAGGCUGAUUGUUGGAAGAGAUAGACGUGUGCAAGAAGUGCAGCAGAUAUGAUUUCUGAUUUGAUUGAAAGCUGUAGAUAAAGCAAAUGGGUAUAUGAUGCAGCAAUAGCCCCUCCCUCCUUUUCGCCACCGUUCUGUGCUUGCU